AUGGCAAUUCUUAAAAGUAUGAUUAUUUUCAUUGUUAUGUUAUUUUUACAAUUGUCUACAAGUUAUGCACAAGACAAUCUAUGUACAUCAACAGCAAUAGCUACAUGUAAUCCAUAUCCAUGUGUUCAAACAGGUAAUAUUUUUUCAUGUCUUUGUUCGGACAUGACCACAAAACCAAGUGCAGUAGAAUGUAAUGGUGGUGUAAUUCCAACUACUCAAUCGCCAGUUGUAAUUCCAAAUCAAUGUGCCAAUGCUGUAUGUCCUGCUGGUGCUACAUGUGUACCAACAAAUCAAAAUCCAUCAGUUUAUAUAUGUCUUUGUCCAAAUAAUGUUAUUGGAAAUCCUGAUUGUCCAACAAAUCCAUUACCGAAUAAUCCAUGUUUGACAAAUAAUCCAUGCAGAAAUGGCGGCACCUGUGCUGUCAAUCCAUUAACUCUUCAAGCAGUUUGUAUUUGUCCAUCAGGUUCUUAUGGACCAAACUGUGGUUAUCCAUGUCGUCCAACGUGUAAUUCUAGUUGGUGUUAUAAUGGUGGUCGAUGUGUUAAUGCAUAUGGUCAACCAUAUUGUUUCUGUGGACGCAACCAGCGUGGUCGACGAUGUGAACUUCAAUAUAGUAAUUUAAAUUAUGUUUAUUUAUACCAUCAUCCACGAUGGUAA